AUUGGCUGAGCUGAACCACGUGGCAUAAUGGUAAAGCGCGGCGUUCAAAUAUUGCUUCCGGUUUGUCUUUACGGUACACCAAAAUGGAGAGGCCUCAAACAAGGACUCCUCUCUCUGGUGGUGUGGAGAAGAGGAUGAGCAAGAGUCGGAGCUACCGUCUGUCGCUCCGUAGCUGUGUUUCUUCAAGGCUUGGUCUGACUCCAGGAUGGACUACACGGAGACUCAACAGCAAGAGAAAAGCUCCAAAGUCUCAGAACAUCACUAACCAGGUGAGUCCAGAUCACCUGGCUCUGCUGGUGAAACACGAAUGGCAGCUGUCGUACGUUAGCCCCCUCUACCACUUCAGACACACCCAACUCAAAAGCUACGCGAGACAGCUGUCAGCGUUCAUCGCCGCAGAGAAGCAGCAGGGUUUGGCUGUGGAAGUGGGAAUUCAGGACAGCUUCAAGGUCUCGUUUUCUGGGGUGCAGGGGUUGGCGGUGGCGGAUGAUGACCCGGAGACGGUCCUCAUACAGGUGCACACAAAGCCAGUGUUUGCUCAGCAGGACGAUCCUCUGAAGUUGGUGUGGAGUGGCUGGCUGACCUGCUGCAACGGUAGUCCUGAAUAUCUGCACUCACUUCCCAAAGACUUCACCUGUCUGCCUCUGUUUGGCAGCAGUGGAGCUCAAAAUCUCACCUCCUUGGUCAAAUCCUGGUUUCAGAAGAAUUUUGACUGCUCUUUCGGACCCCUGGAGAUCAACCACACCAGCCUGGAAUGGCUUGUGGCCUUAUGGACGAAUUGUAACACAGAAACCAAUAUCCAGAACCUGAAAAUGCUUUGGACUCUGCCGGUUGAGCCGCCGCUUCAGGUAACCUAUGUCGUCGAGGGCAAUGACGCAUGGGACCUGUGGAGCAGCCUGCAGCAGAGGUCAGAGGGGGACGGUGGCGAGGAAGCGGGCUGGAUUGGCAUCGAGGAGGUGACGGCCUUCAUGCAGGGACUCAAGAAUCACUUCUACCGACACUUCAGGUUGGAGCUUUCAGCCGGGAACUUGAGCCAGGUCUCCACAUCGCUUGGAUCGGCUAAAUGCAACGGCAAGAUCAAGGUGUCCAACAGCAGAUAUAUGAUCACCACCCUGACUCUGCUGACAGAAUGUGCCCUCCUGAAAAUGCCCGUCUGACCCUGGAGACCAACAGCAACACCGUCUUCUUUUUAUCAUUGCAGAAAGCACCGGGUCAAACAGAAAAGCAGCCCGUUGUUUUGUUUUUUUAAAUACAUUGUCUACUGGAGAAUCGUGAUUAGCAUGAUUUAUGUUUCCGACUUUAGACGUUUUGUGCUUUAAUGUAUUAAAUUUACAAGUCAUUUUAUUUUUCA